AUGGAUUUCAUACUAGCACCAGAUAGGGUUCAUGGAGGAGGCCUGGUAAUUUCACAGACCAGCGACAAAAGAUGGGAUAUCGAGCCCAUCAGGGGAAUUCUCCGCGUCCUACCUAUCCUAGAUGCCAUUAGAGGCAUCGGGGCGAGUGCAGGAAUGGAUCAGCUAUCGGCUAUCGGUGCGAUGGGACUGCAGCGUGGCGUUGACUCACACUCCUUCAUAGCAUUAGUAUCGGAGAGACUUCAUGAUGUUUUCCACGUAUCAGUUCUGAAGAAGUACGUGCCAGAUCCUUCGCACGUGAUAAGUUAUGAGCCUUUGGAGAUCAAGGAUGUUUUGGCAAACGAGGAGGUACCAGUUCAGAUUCUAGAUUGA